AUGGAUGCAGAUGGCAAAGGGAGCGGACUUCAUGAUUUUACAAGUUUAAUGGGAUCUGACAAGAAAGUACUGCUUAAAGCUUUGCCAGAUAAGCUACCUGGAGUGAUCAGACCACAAUCAAGUGAGACUGUAGUCAAAAUUUGGAAGGUAUAAAUAAUUACAACUUACUAUGUGUAUUCAGUACCCACCUUACCCCUUCAGUACCCACCUUACCCCAUCAGUAUCGUUACACCUUACCCCCAUCAGUAUCAUGACACUUUUCUUAUUUUAUCAAGGAUUUUGAUGAAAUUUAUCAGUUAUUGGGAUGCCCAAGCCCUACCGAAGAGCAAAUUACGGGCUACUUUACAAAGGUAAUGCUAUAAAUGCUUCUGGGGUUUUUCCUGUACAAAUGCAAUACAUUAAUGUUGUCAAUUCAUCUCUCCUCCAUGUUUUAGAAUCCAACAAGUAUCGUUUAGCUUUUAAUGUUGCAUUAUUUGAAACUUUGCAUUUAUUUGCCAUUAACUGGCAAUGUGCCCAAAUGUGCUCUACUUUGGUAUUUACUCAGUCUAAUUGCCAGACCAUUUUACUUGUCAGUGGUAGCAUACUGCCAGCAGUGGCGUAGCCAGCCCGUCAAUUUGGUCAUGCUAUGCAAAUUUGAAAUCAUUCAUUUCUAAAGAAAUUCAUUGUUUUCACGGUCUAUGAACACGGAAAUAUUUGCAUAGCAUGACCAAAUUGUCGGGCUGGCUACGCCACUGACUUGGCGUAAAUGGAUUAACUAACCAAUUUUAAUUAACCCAUUAACUGGCAAUGUGCCUUAUUUUAGUAUUUACUCUGUCUACUUGUCAGUGGUAGAGUACUGCCAGUAAAUGGGUUAAAGUAGUGUUUUCUUUCUAGGCUGUUAAUUGGGUCGAACUGUUCCUUUCUCUCGGUGGCAAAUGUAUGGGAUAUGAGAAAGCACAAAUUACACCAUAUAUCCACGCCAUUGUGUACCAUGUUCCAAAGUUCAUGCGUAUACACAAUGGAAUUAAAAAGUUCACUGGCCAAGGUAAGGAUGGCACAAGAAAAAGUGCAGAGACGGAUUUUCAUAUUUUCGUUCGGGGGGGGAUAAAUAUCUCGGGGGGAUAAAUAUCUCGGGGGUGCUGCUGCUUGCUUUGGCCAGGGCGUGGUGGCAACGCCCGGAAAGGCCAAGGAAAAGGUUUAACAAAAUUUGCUUUCUAGGCCUGCAUGGCGAGAUCUGAGACCAUAAUAUUGGUAAUUUUACAAAUUUAGUAGUAAGAAUAAUCAAAUAUGAAACUAUCAAAUCAAAAUAUAUAUAAUUUUUUGGGUGUGUGUGUGCAAAUCAUUUCUGGGGGGUGCACCCAGCACCCCCCCCCCCCCGAAAAUCCGUGCCUGAAAAAGUGUAUUUACUAAUAUAAAAUAAAACACUUCCAAAUAUUGCCUUUUAUAGGUGUUGAAAAACUUAACAAUGACUGCAGGCGAGUCCACUUGCAGCGAUCAAACAAGUGGGAUGCAGCUAAAGAUGUCCUUUUGGUUGGAAAACGCAUCGAACAUCUUGCAGAAUGUAAGAGAACACCAAGAAGCUACAAAAAGCAAAAUUCAAGUUACUGGGAAACAGGUAUUAAAGAUACACGUUCAAAGCGAGUGCGAAUUUCUUGUGAGGAAGUUGCUGAUUCCCAAGAGCCCUUAGAUAUUGAUGUGGAUACCAUCUCAGUUCAAGAGAUUAAAGAGUUGCUUAAAGAAAGAGGAGUCAAAACAAGAUUCAGGUGCCUUAAGAAAUUGAAAAAACAACUUAUUGAAUCUCUCCGAAAUAAGGAAAAUGAGGCACCAAACUCACAACAAUGA